AUGCCUUUGCUUGUGGAGGCAUAUAGGCAGGCAAAUGACCCCGACAAUGCUCGGGGCUACUUCGAUCACAUGAUAAACUCCGGGUACAAGCCAGACGAUCGAUGUACUGCUAGCACGAUAGCUGCCUAUGCUAAACAGAAUUUCUUAGACAAGGCCCUGGAUCUGCUGUUAACCCUCGAGAAGGAUGGAUUUCAGCCAGGGAUCACAACAUACACCGUCUUGGUGGACUGGUUUGGCAAGCUACAGCUGGUUGAAGAGGCAGAAGCAACAUUACGAAAGAUAACCGAGGAGGACAAUGCUCCUUUCGAAGUUCAUGUUAGUCUCUGCGACAUGUACUCCAGGGCAUUCCUCGAAUUGAAGGCCCGCAAACAUCUCAAGAUUUUGGAGGCCAAGAAGGAAUUUGUCUCUUUGGUAGAAAAGAAUAGAUUUUCGAUAGUUUGGAAAGGUUCUGAAGCUUUUGUAACUAUACAGGUGAAUUACUGA